AUGGCAUACCCUCGAGCUUGUCUAUCACUCUUCAUACGACCCUCCCUUGUCAGUCGAUCAAUAUAUGCACCAGCUCGACUUUCACGAACGAUCCGACUUCCUGUUCCCACCUCGCGAUGGCAAUCCACACAAGCCAACGACCGACCGCCGACCAAUGACGACACCCCUCACAACGAUACCCCAGAUCUUUCGCAUUUGAACCCGUCGCCUGAAGACUACUCGCGCUUUAUCUUCCAGGACAAGUGUCAUGUCACGAUGUACGCCGGUGGGGGAGGUCACGGCUGUGUCUCAUACCUCCGCGAGAAAUACAUCGAGGAAGGGCCACCGAAUGGCGGAGAUGGCGGCAGUGGAGGAAGCAUUUACAUUCAAGCGGUCGAGGGCAUGACAAGCCUCCACAAACUUGCUCGUAGGGGUGUCAUCAAGGCCGGCAGAGGCAAGAACGGUCAGGGUAAAAGCAAAGGCGGGAAACGUGGUGACGAUAUCCUCAUCCAGGUACCUGUCGGUACCGUCGUGCGUGAGGUGGAACGAUAUGACCCUGUGGCAGAGGAGUUGGCUCGAAUGCGACGACCCAAAGAGGAACCAAUGGACGAGGACGAGAUCGAUUUCACGCCCAUUCGACAUGACCGUUGGGUUCUGUACCCCGGGGCCAACCCCUCCGAUUUCUUGACCGUGAAUUUCCCCCGACUCAAGCCGCGACGACAACAUAUCGCGGCCAUGGAGCCGAAAGCCCCGAUCUACCUUGACCUGUCGCAUCCAAUGGAUAAACCCAUGCUUCUCGCGGCAGGUGGCGCGGGCGGCUUGGGCAACCCGCAUUUCAUCACGCGAUCGAUGGGCCGACCGAAAUUCGCAUCCCGCGGCGAGGGAGGGAUGAAGUUGGAACUCGACUUUGAACUCAAGCUUCUCGCAGAUGUUGGUCUGGUCGGUAAACCUAAUGCUGGAAAGAGUACGCUUCUGCGCUCGUUGACCAACAGUCGCACGCGGAUCGGAAACUGGGAGUUCACCACCUUGAAUCCUCACAUUGGCACGGUCAUUGUGGAUGAUAAUAAGGGUCGGCCUCUUGUUGAGUCAAAGACUCGACGCACACACUUUACCAUUGCAGAUAUUCCGGGCCUGGUGGAGAACGCACAUCUCGACCGUGGGCUUGGUCUGGGAUUCCUUCGACACAUAGACCGAGCGGGUAUCCUAGCUUUCGUCCUUGACCUCAACGCUGGUGAUCCGGUGCAGGAGCUGCAAAAGCUCUGGUACGAACUUGGCGAAUAUGAGCGACUGCGCGAUAGUGAUUCCGGACCUCCUAGUACACCAAGAAGCGCCCACCAUGUCACGGAGGGCGUAAUCGACUGGGAUCCCUCUGGGGCUGGACAUCCGGAGCUCUAUCGCCCACAAGAUCGAAGCAUUGAACUGCCUACGCAGGCUGACGGGUCUAUCGGAGAGGCCCUCAAUUAUCAGUCAUCUGGAUCCUUGCCUUACCUCGCCAUGCCUCCGAUUCACACCAAGCCCUGGUUUGUCGUUGCGACCAAGGCUGACCUGGAACAUACCCAAGACCAGUACCGAGCUCUGCAGGAGUACUUGUCCAAGGUGGAGAAGGGUACGGUCGAACAUCCCUCUGGCCAUGCAGAUGGGUGGAAGGAGAAGCUGGCGGCGGUGCCUGUCAGCGCCAUGCGGGGCGAGGGAGUAUCGCGCAUUCCGAAAUUGGUGAUGCAAUACCUUGAAACGCUGCCCACACAACUCUCGACACCCCGCACUCUGUUGGUGCAUGCCACUCGUUCGUCUUCUAGCCCAGCAACCAUGUCGCUCGCUACCGCCUGGCAGCAAGCAGUGGCGCAGGUCGACCACCCCGGCCCGGAUGACCCGAUCUGGGAAUGUCACCACGACCUGCUCCAGGAAUGCCCCGCCGAAGAGAUUGAAGAAGGCGACGACAAUGUCCCUGCGCUUCUCCGUCUAUUCCCAGACCUAGCUCUAGCGUUAGCUGAUUCAAAGCUACGCGUCUUCCCGUUCAAGGAUGUCCACCUCCGCUGGCGCCGGCUGUACACCGACGCGGCAAUCGUUCAAGCGAUUAACAUCAUCUAUAAAUGGUACCGUGAAUCGGCCAGACACAAAUUCCCGCAAUUCAGCCCGGAGGAACUCGUCGACCAAAUCGCAAACGGCACGGUAUCAUCUUCGCGGAUCGACCCUGAGGCCCCGUGGGUGUCGCAGAUCGUUCACGGCCUGGAUAAAGCACUGAUCCUGACGGGCGCGCCAAUGCGCGAGAAACUCAUCGAGAAAUUGUUGGCGGCACUGCAGGACGCCACAGAAGAUGAGAGUGACAAGCAGGGUCCCGAUCGAAGCAAGGUGCCAUCUUCGCCUCUGUUCCCUCCCCGCUGCCACCCCAUUCCGCGCCUUGAACAUCAUAUUCCACGCCUCUCGGCCCCAUCGUUCGACUGGAUGCAGGAACAUAUCCAGAAUAUCCGCACCCCGCUUGUUAUCACGUACGGGACGAGCCACUGGCCCGCACUGACCACGCGACCCUGGACCUCCCGCGACUACUGGUUUAAACGAACAUUCGGUGGCCGCCGACUUGUCCCUGUGGAAUUGGGCAGAUCAUACCUGGAUAAAGACUGGGGCCAGGAGGUAAUGGAGUUCCGUCAGUUCGUGGAUCAAUCUCUUUGGCGCGGCGAGCCCGGUUUUCCCUCGACUAUCAAGAAGAGUGACGGACGAACGGGGUACAUGGCGCAGCACGACUUGCUGUGGCAGAUUCCGGCCUUGCGAAACGAUAUCGCCAUCCCCGAUUACUGCUACAUUGAACCGCCGGCCCCGGAGCCCGGAACUCCGGUCUAUGAGAGUGCAAAGCGUCGUAAGCAGGAAGCUGCGAAGGCCCAAACUGCUACGAGCGAGAAUGACCCUCAUACCGACUCCAAGCAAGCACUGCCUGCUGGUCAGCCUGCCGGUCAGCCUGCCGAUGCGCCGGUCGAGAAUGUCUUGGAUGUCGACCUGGAUAAGUGGGAUGCGGAGAAUUUCGAGAACGCCAAGGAUGUCAACGAUGUCGAGGAUGUCAACGAUGUCGAGGAUGUCAACGAUGUCGAGGAUGUCAACGAUGUCGAGGAUGUCGACGACAGUCUCUCGGAUUCGAGCGAUCCGAUUAAGUUUCCCCUGGACCCUGUCAUCAAUACCUGGAUUGGACCGGCGGGAACUAUCUCCCCUUUACACCACGAUCCUUACCACAACAUCCUUGUGCAGGUCGUCGGGACCAAGUACAUCCGACUGUACUCACCGCACACACCAUCGUCGCAGAUUCACCCUUCCGGUGAUGUGCUGGUUCCGUCUGCUGGCACGGAUGCAAACGGUCCCAAGGAUAGGGUGGUUAACAUGGAGAACACGUCCCGGGUUGACCUCGCCGCCAUUGAGUUCUCCCCUGCCGAGGCCGAUCAAUGGGAGGAGGAGUGGCCUGGUUUCUUGGAUGCCGAGUAUGUUGAGACAGUGUUGCACGAGGGCGAGUGCCUGUACAUCCCCAUUGGAUGGUGGCACUAUGUGCGUGGCUUGCAGGCGGGUGUCAGUGUCAACUUUUGGUGGGGUCGGUAUGAUGGUGAAUAG